AGGGCAGCAUAUAUCUGACUUCUGAAGAGAGCUUCCUGGCCAAGACAUCAAAGCUCCAAAUGCUGCUCUUGCUCCUUCUCCUCUUCGAGGGACUUCUCUGCCAUGGGAAAAGCACAACUGCUCCCCAGGCUCUAGGACCACAUCAUGCAGCAGCAGAAGAGCCCCUCUCCUUCCGCCUAGUCCACAUCUCCUCCUUUGCCAACCACAGCUGGGCCAGCACCCAGGCCUCCGGCUGGCUGGGUGACCUGGAAAUUCURGGCUGGGACAAGGUCUUAGGCUCCCUCAAGGACCUGAAGCCCUGGUCCCUUGGAAACUGCAGCAAGGAGGAGGUGAAGAGUCUUCAGUCACUGUUACAGAUGUACUUCCACGGUUUCAUCAGGGUCGUGCAAGCCUUUUCUAGUCAGUUCCAGUUUGAAUACCCCCUUGAGCUCCAGACWUCAUCAGGUUGUAGACUGCAUGCUGGGCAGGCCUCAGAGAGCUUCUUUAAUGGAGCAUACCAGGGAUCAGACUUCCUGAGCUUCCAAGGGGGUUCCUGGCAGCCAUCUCCAAGAGGAGGGAGUCGGGCCCAGAACGUCUGYCGGGUGCUCAAUCUCUACGAAGAUAUCAAGGAAAUAGUGCAGAGCCUUCUUGAUGGCACUUGCCCUCGAUUUCUGGCAGGCGUCCUUGCAGCAGGGAAGUCAGAGCUAGAGAGGCAAGUGAAGCCUGAGGYCUGGCUGUCCAGUGGCCCCAGUCCUGGGCCUGGCCRUCUGCUGCUGGUGUGCCACGUCUCUGGCUUCUACCCAAAGCCCGUGUGGGUGAUGUGGAUGCGGGGCGACCAGGAGCAACGGGGCACUCAGCGAGGUGACCUCCUGCCUAAUGCUGAUGGCACGUGGUAUCUUCGGGUGACUCUGAAUGUGGCCGCUCGGGAGGCAGCUGGCCUGGCCUGCAGGGUGAAGCACAGCAGUCUGGGAAGCCAUGAUAUAAUCAUUCACUGGGGUGGAUACACCAUCCUGCUGCUUCUGAUGUGUUUGGCUGCCAUCCUCACCUUGGUCCUGCUGUUUGGACUGCACUUGUGGUGUAAAAAGCAGAGYUCSAAUUGGAAAAUCCYGUCUCCCGGUAGAUCCAAGUCCGCYUUUCCCCUGGGAGCCAAAACCCAGGACCCCAGGAAUCCAGCACAUCAGCUUCACAUGACAUCAGAGUCCUGGAUCAAAAAGAGAAUUUUGAAGUGGAAAACAAGUCUAAACCAACUCUGGUGACAUUGGUUUGCCUUGCACGUAAACUCCUURUCUACUUCUUACAUAUGCUUCUUGUCCUCUGAAGAAAAUAGGAUAUUAUUCAAACGACUUAUUGUGGCAGAGAUAUGGAUCCCUUUGGAAACCCUUUGCUUUUCAUCUUCCGGCAAUAUCUUUUUUUUUUGCUUUGUUCAUCACCAUUGAUCCUUCAAGAUGGAACUCAGAUGCCUUCUUCUCAUGGUUGUUUCCCAGGAUUGCCCAUUUGAAAGCUCUUCUGUACUCCUCAGAUUGGACUGGUCUUCCUCAACACACUCAACCUCUUCCUGCUCUGAUCAAUCAUCCUUUMGGGUUUUUUACUCUACCCUUUCCUCUCAGAUGCUUGAAAGUAGGAUUUAGGUGUAUGUACUAGUAAGCACAUGAUUUCCUGCUCUGAAAGGACCCGUCUUGGUUUAAUGCUUCAAAAUACCCCAAGAAAUAUUGCAUUUUCAUUUGGCACUAGCCUCAUAAAUGAUG